ACUACGACUUCGGGACCUGUGUCGUGAUUUUUUCUUCUCUUUCUUCUUUUUUUUCUUUCCUUUCUUUUUAAUUUUCUUCAUCUUCUUUUUAAGUUCUUUAUCACGCAGUGCUGUUAAAGGAGUGACAUAUUCCGUUUCACUAUCACUACUAGUGCUACUAACAUCCAAAACAAUUUCCUUAUUGGGAUCUACUUUGAUAAAAUUUCUGCACUGGAAGGUUAGAUGGCCAGCAUACCCACACUUUUUGCAAGCAGGUCUCACAGUUUCUUUCCCUUGUGGAAUCAAUCGAGCAAGAAUUUCUGGUUCCAUAUUAUUUACAUAAAAACGGACACUUAUUACGAACUUCAAUAUACAUUCAUUCAUGCACUAAUUUCAAAAGGAAAGACCCAAAGAGUUACAAAAGUUCAGUCUCAAAUAAACUUAAAAGUUUCAAGUCACUUAUAAGAAUAAAAACCACACAUUAAAUUAACAAAACGCCAGCCUACAGAAUAACUAAUGGUAACUAUAGAAGUAAUCAAUCUUGUUUUUCAAUUUCUUCUCAACUGUAGAAAGAUGAAGUGUAACUCCCACAAACCAUGGAACACCAUGUCUAGACCACGCCACCCGCAUACAAAACCACAUAUAAAAUAAUUACAAUAUAGCUUGAGACAAAAUCAGCAGAACGGAACUAGCCGAACUUCGCGCAACAUUGUUAUUCAUCUGUUUACCAGAAACUGCGAGAAACCACCAGAGUACUCUUUGCAAGAGUGAGGAUCGAAAGAAACCAAAGAGAAUAGAAGAAAUUGAAGUCUCAGAGGAAACAUGCGAUGCACAGCGCGGGUAAACUGCCGCAUGAUCUUCCGUCAGGCGCUGGCGCGUAUAUAGCAGCUUGUGCUGUUUUAUGCGCUUUUUUGACACUAAGUGCUGGACACUUACAAGGCUUGCAAAUUUUUAGAGCAACUAGAAGUGUAGAAGGGAAAUUAUUGCAUGGCAUUCGAAGAAAACGACACAUCUACAUUACUCGUGUCAUUUUCGAUUAAGAACUGAGAGAAUUUACGUAUUUUAGCUUUUUUAAUUUAAAAUAAUUGACUUUCUUUACAUUGUCUGAUAAGUGCAGUGUAAACGGGAGGCCGUUCUUUGACGUAUAAUUUGCAUUUAGAGCGUUAUUAAUUGUGUGUCCAUCCUGUUAUAAGUACGCACGAUGGCACCUACUAGCGGAGAUAUGUUGCCAGAGGAUACAAUGAAGUUGCUUAUUGCAACUGAUGUGCAUUUAGGGUAUGCAGAAAAUGAUCCUAUCAGAG